AUGUCUGGACCCUCCCGUUUCCAGAACGGAGGAGUUCGAAAAACAAACGCUUCAUCCAACACAAUGCGCGCUCCAGUGACUGCACGACCAUCUUCACGGAACGGCAUGGCUCACCCGCAGUCCUACAUGACCGCCGCGAGGAUGGGAGCCGGAGCUCUUCCCAGCUCUCCUGCCGGGUCCGUAGCUUCGGUGUCCUCUCGGGCACGAGGCAAUGCCUCGCCAACAAAACGUCGGAUAAAAAAGGACUUGGCCGUCGAGGAACCGCCCCCACAGCAGGAAGACAACGAGGCAAACAUUAACGUCGUUGUUAGGUGUAGAGGGCGCUCCGAGAGGGAGAUUAAGGAGAAUAGUGGUGUUGUCGUUUCUACACCGGGAGGUUUGCGUGGGAAGGAGAUUUCCCUGUCGAUGGGACCUUUGGCGUUGAGCAAUAAGACUUACACCUUCGAUCGCGUUUUCGGACCGGAGGCGAACCAGAAUAUGAUUUAUGAUAAUGUCGUUGCCCCUAUACUUGAAGAGAUGCUUUCUGGGUAUAAUUGCACUAUCUUUGCUUAUGGACAGACGGGGACUGGAAAAACUUAUACCAUGUCUGGGGAUAUGACGGAUAACUUUGGGACCUACUCUGAUUCUGCCGGCAUCAUUCCUCGGGCUCUGUACCAGUUGUUUCACAAGCUUGGUAUCGAUGAGGCAGACAAUUCCGUCAAAUGUUCUUUCAUCGAGCUUUAUAACGAAGAGCUUAAGGACUUGCUUGCUUUGGAUGAAAAUAACAAGGUCAAGAUUUUUGAGGACUCAACUCGCAAGGGAAUAGUUAUCCAGGGUAUGGAGGAGAGUUUCAUUAAGAACGCCGAGGAUGGUGUCAAGUUGUUGCAAGAGGGAAGCCAUAAACGUCAGGUUGCAGCGACAAAAUGUAAUGACCUCAGCUCGCGAUCUCACACCGUCUUCACGAUUACUGUACACGUCAAGGAGGUUGGUGAGGAUGGCGAGGAUUUGUUGAGGACUGGAAAGCUUAAUUUGGUGGACUUGGCUGGGUCCGAGAAUAUUGGAAGAUCUGGGGCAGAGAAUAAAAGAGCUAGGGAGGCAGGAAUGAUCAACCAAAGCCUUUUGACUCUGGGGAGAGUUAUCAAUGCCUUGGUCGACAAGUCCCCUCAUAUCCCGUACAGGGAAUCGAAACUCACCCGUCUUUUACAAGACUCUCUUGGUGGGCGCACAAAAACAUGCAUUAUUGCUACCGUAUCGCCUGCCAAGAGCAAUCUCGAGGAGACUAUUUCGACUCUGGACUAUGCUGCCCGUGCUAAAAAUAUACGGAAUAAGCCACAGAUCAACCAGAUGUUGACCAAGAAGGCACUGAUAAGAGAAUACGUUACUGAAAUCGAGAGGCUCAAGGGCGAUCUCAUGGCAACACGACAGAAGAAUGGUGUCUUUCUGACUACUGAUUCGUAUAGUGAAAUGACUGAGGAGAGUGAGAGCCGAAGAAUAUUGAAUGAAGAACAGCAGAGGAAAAUUGAUGUUAUGGAGACACAGAUCAAGAACACCCGAGAACAGUUUGAACAGAAUAUGAGGCUAUUCUUAGAGCUCAAGAAGGAACUUGAAGGCACCAAGGGCGUUCUGGAGGUGACAAAAGGAGAGCUUAGGAAGACCGAAGUCGACCUCUCGAGCACCCGAAAAGAUCUUGCCGAUGAGGCCGUCUUAAGGGAAGCCCAUGAGAAAACAGAAGAGGAGCUUAGGGAUGUUGGGCAAAAGCUGAUCACAAGGCUUGACGAAACUGUUCACGAUGUUAGUGGCCUGCACGCCAAAAUCCGCAGGAUGACCGAUCUUGAGGUGGUCAACCACAGCAGUUGGAUGAAGUCUUCGGGCCAGGUUUCAACUAUCACCGAGCUUGUCGAGAAGGAGAUCAGCACUUUCACUGAGCGGCAAGAGAGGAUCACGGACCACGUUUCCGAAAGGAUGUCGACAUUUGUUGCUACGGAAGUCAAAAGGCUUGAAUCUGCGUACAAACACAUUGAGGCUCGACUUGGGGGAUUCAGUAAUGGAGAGGCUGAACUAUCAGCUGAGACAAUGAAGGCCAAGGACGAAAUGAAUCAAGUCUUGGAAGAGAUCAAGAUCCUGCGGGAAGAUGUAAAGCAGAAGGUUGGUGAAGGUUUGAAGGGGCUAAACGAAGCUGCCCGGAGAAUUUCUGCCGAGGUAGUGGAGGAUUUGGGUAAAUUCGGUAUUCAGCUCCAUCACUCGUAUAAUCAACUUGGUAGAGAGUUCAAGGCGAUAUUCGAUGACGUAGAGAAACAGAUCGUCGCCCAAAAGGCUGAAGCUGAAAAGCUUCGGCUUCAGCUCAGCUCGGCUACUGCUGCUGUAGUUAUUGCUACCGAUACCGCACAAUCUAGUCUUGACUCGAUCCUUAGGGAAGAACGUGAACGAGCUGCUACAGACCGACAAAACCUAAUCGGCCAAAUAACUGCUCUUAUCAACGCCACAGCAGAGGAUCAAGACAAGCGUCUCACUAAGCGUGUUCAGUUGGUGCAGGGUGAGAUUCUUGGUGCGAAAGAGGGGCUUGAUGAGGCUACAAAGCAAUAUAACGCUGGCAUGGAUCAGUGGUCUGGGGUGGAGGAGAAGUUCAUCAAUGAAUUGGUGAUCUCGCAAGACUCUCUCAAGGAGAUAUUGGCACAUGAUUGGCAGGAUGCUGAGAAGCACAAUGCGUCGAUCCAAGCGACAACACAAGCAAUUAACGCACAGACGGUCCGUCUGGUGGACGCACAAAUGCAAGACGUUGGAGUACAGAUGCAAGCCUUGGACGAAUUUGUUACUCGGGCACGAUCGCAGAACGAAGCUCAUUUUGAGGCUUUCACGCAAAACCUCAGUGGACUCUCGGAAACCGUUCGGGAGUCAUAUCGCCGCAUGGAGGGAGACUUGAAUGGUUUCACGGAAGACUUGGACUCCUUUAGCAAUGACAUGUCGGAGCAGACAUCAUUGUCAAAAGUGCUCCUCGAGCCCUUUACCUCAACAACCAAACAGCCCCUUUCAGAGUUGCGUGAGAACAUUGAAACCGCGCCUCUGCAAGGCUACGUCCCGACCGGCGAGACCCCCAAACGCCGAACAUACGAGUAUCCGACCACGCUCCCGCACACACAACCGCACGAGGAGCUCCUGCUAGAGCCCGUGACGCGCAGAAAGAGCUCUAUCCGUACACCCUUGGGAGAGAAAGAGGCGUUUUUGGCAAACUUGCAACGACCGGUCACCCCGCCUACGCCCACAAAAUCUUCUUCGGAACAGAUAUCGCAGCAUAUACUGGCAUCCCCGUUAGAGGUGGUGGGG